AUGGAGCCAUGGCUAUUUGCUCUGAUUUCCAGUCCCCUUUGCCUCACGGCCACCGUUUUCAACAUCAUCUUCUUUUUUUGCCUAAUGCGACCAGUCUCUGGAGUGACGCUUCGCAAUCCACUGCGCUUCUUGUUAAUCGUUGUGUUAUUCAAUUCAACAUUUCAACAACUUCUCACUGCACUGGCCGUUAUUAUGCUUCUUUUUGAAUCCCCUUUCUGGCUUCAAACGCUAUCGAGAGUUUUGAUUUAUCAGUUUUUCUGCGGCAACUUCUCAUGCAAUGCCUGGAUCAGCAUUUUCUACCACAUGUCAAUUGUUCCUCAACAUCGUGCCAUCUUUAUCUGGAUUAAGAGGAAUAUUAGAGUCGUAUUAUAUGUCGGCUUCGUUCUGAAUCAGAUAAUGCUUCUGUUUUCUUUGACUUUGGGAACAGUGUCAUAUUUUUUGCUUGAGCCUGUCCCAGUGAAUUUUACCUCUCAUGAUCUGAACACAACAUCAGCAGAAAGCUUAGAGUCAGACCUGUAUUUAUUUCACGUGGCAAAUUUUUUGUAUUUGCUAUAUUGCACCUGUCCAAUGAUCACAUUAUUAAUCUCUUGGGGCAAAACAUUUGUUUAUCUGCGUGAACAUAUGAAAAAGAUGGGGCAGAGCAGUGAAUCUUUUUCCCAACCCCAGCAGAAGAGCCAGAUGCGGGUCACAGUAACAGGCAUGGUACAGGCGGCCCUGUUCCUGCCCAGCAGCCUCUGGACUGUAGCAGUUGCUGCCUUAUUCAUAACAGACCUCUUUGAAAUAGUUGAUCCUCAUAGAUUUAUCACAAUGACAUUUUGCUCAGCAUCCAGCUUGGGAAAUAUCCUUUGUUUUGGAUUCUCCCAGUCUGUGUUUCGCCAUGGAAUUGUAAGUGUGAUAAACAAACUCAAGAUGAAUGCCUUGUGUUAG